CGUGUCCGCAGAAGUCUAAAAACUACGCGUUCGAGGUGUCCGUAGCUGUAGUACCGAGUAUGAUCCCAUACUACAAGGGCACCAACUGCGCAUGCCCUGGAAACCAAAAUGGACGCAGAAUUUGAAGAGAGGCUGUGUGAAGAGGUCCGUCGCUACCCGCACCUGUACAAUUCGUCUCUAAAACUAUAUAAAGACAACCAAGUGUGCAAUAAUUCGUGGAGGGAAAUUGCCCAGACUUUGGGAAAAGAAGAAGGUGUGUGUCGUCAUAAAUGGAAAUAUUUAAGAGACAGGUUCGUGAAGGCAAGGAAGAAGUUGAAGGGAAGAACCGCUGAAGCAGGCGGGAAUGUUUCCGUUCCCCGGAUCUUCUCCCUCCUGAGCUGGCUCUCCGACUUCGUCAGACACCGCGACCGGAACAGACACCAGCUUUCCAGCAGAGGGAACACUAUUCCAUCACCGCCACCAGUGACGUCAUCACCGCCCCCCACAGCAGCGCCCCAGUCCCCUCUCAGCACGUCCUCCUCAGCGUCCACAAGCGUCUGCUUCUCCCCCACCACGACCCGGAAGAGGAAGUCCCACCCAACGCCCGCCGAGGACGCUGUCCUCCGCCUGCUCCAGCAGAUCGACGAGGCCAAGGCCAGCCAGAGGGAGGAGCACCGCUUUGGGAUGAUGGUUGCGGACAUGUUGGCCAAACUUCCGGUCUGUGAGCGCAUGGAGGCCCAGUUCGAAAUCUACCAGCUGCUUUAUCAGAAGCAGAAAAGGGUAUUUGAAAAGGACAAGCCUAUAAUCGGCCAGUUGUAAUAUACAAUUACAUGAAACUGCUUUGUAAAUAAAUGCUUUUUCUUUGUUUUGUAAAUAAAAGAUUUAUUGUGUUCUA